GGGUCCCCGGAAACACGCGCCGAACUCAUUAGUUCCGCCUCGCGUCACUUCCGCCGCCAUCAGCUGUUUCCGCUUUCAUCAUGGAGACCGUGAGCUCGACGCUCUGAGGCAGACGGCCCUCAGUCAUGUCCACGGCAGUGAUCAUCAAAGAUGUGUCCGCGGUGGCCGUCCGCGGCCCCGGCGAUGGCAUGGAGACGGACAAGCCCCCGGUGGCCCCUGAGCUCUCGGCAGGGGCCCCGCUCCUGAAAGCGAUGGGCUCUCCGAAGCCCAGUCCGAGAGCGCCGGCGGGAGUCCUGCACCUGGGCAAGGUGAGCCGAGACGCUUGCACUGAGCUGGAGGCCGUGAGGAUCGUGGUCCCGAGGGCCGCUAUCAGCCGGAGCCCGCGCCCGGGGCCCCACGCCGAGGACAGAGGGUCCCCGCAGCACCGGGACGAGCGUCCCCCGUCACCCUCGGCCGAGCCGCUGGACUUCAGGAGCGCUCUGGACAAGCUGCAGAACUCGGAGCGCCGCCUGCUGCAGGACAAAGAGGGGCUGAGCAACCAGCUGAGGGUCCAGACCGAGGUGAACCGUGAGUUGAAGAAGCUGCUGGUGGCGUCUGUAGGCGAUGAUCUUCAGUAUCACUUCGAGCGUCUGGCGCGAGAGAAGAACCACCUGAUCCUGGAGAACGAGGCUUUGGGGCGGAGCCUGUCUCACACGGCCGAGCAGCUGGAGCGGAUGAGCAUCCAGUGUGACGUCUGGAGGAGCAAGUUCCUCGCCAGCCGCGUGAUGGCGGAGGAACUGACCAAUGCCAGAGCGGCUCUCCAGCGGCAGACCCGAGACGCUCAGUGUGCCAUUCAGGAUCUGCUUCGAGAGAGAGACGAGUUCUCCAGAGACAUGAUGCACACACACAGGUCUCUGGAGCAGCUGCUGGUGUCUCUGCAGUGGGGUCGGCAGCAGACAUACUACCCCAGCGCCCUGCCCCUCAGCACCGGAGAGCUGGCCACAGCCAAUCACAAGCUGGCAGACGCCAUCAACUCACACCUGCUGGGGAACGUGAAGAAGAGCCCUGGGUCGGAGCGGAGCGAGCUCUGCAACACGCCGGCCGAGAAGAUGGCCGAGAAGGUGCUGAGGAGUCUGGAUCCGAUCUCUUGCUCUGAGAAGGAGCCGGAUCCGUCCGAGUCCGAUCCGCUUCAGUCCUCGUUCCUGCCCAGUAAGAAGAGCAUCGGACGCUUCCAUCCCUACACACGCUACGAGAACAUCACCUUCAACUGCUGCGAGCGCUGCCGAGGGGAGAUCGUCGUCCUCUAGAGAGAGAGUGUGUGUGUGUGUGUGUGAGAGAGAGAGAGAUAGAGAGAGAGAGAGAGUGUGUGUGUGUGUGUGUGUGUGAGAGAGAGAGAGAUAGAGAGA